AUGUUUAUUCUCCAGUAUAAAAUCUUAAAGUGCCUUGUUCUUAAUGUUAAUUCAGGGACGACAACUUAUAUAUGCGACUUUCAUUGUGAACAAGCCUGGGAGCAAUGGCUUAAGAAAGGUGAUAAUGGCUUAAUGCACAAGAAAGAUGACGUUCUAAAACUGCUGCAAACUGUUGCAAAGUCAAACACAGAAGAUGAUUAUCACAAAAAUCUCUCAGUCCUUCAGCAGAGUGAAGUAUGGUUGAAUCACUUAAAAUUUCAAAAGUGGUUUAAGAAUACAUGGCUAGAAGAAGCUAAGGCAAGCUAA